AAUUCGCUUGGCCGAUGACUUGCUUUUCUUCCUCACCGUGACGUCUGUCGCACGAACCGCUCUGCCACACGUUUCCGACUCGUCGCUAGUGUAACAUUUUUCCCAUUGCCUGCAGUAACAUUCCAAAUUUACUCGGCGUGAAUGUAUCUUAAGAAAAUCUCUCAAAUUUGACUACACGAACAACCCUUACCGAUCCUGCGCACUCACCUCAUCCGUACAGAAUGGAUUUCCCGACAGCAACCGCGUCACAGCCGAAAGCAAUAAGAAUGGCGGGUUCUCCGAUGCUAGAAAACAAUGAAAGGACCGAAGUUCUGGAUGAGCCACUUUUUAACACACUCGAUAUCAUACUUCUCAGCGCCCUUCUAUUAGCUGCAUUAUGGUGGUUAAUGCGUCGAAACAAACAAGAAGAAUACACGUCCGUCGCAAAAUCCUAUUCUAUCCAGCCAACGUUGUUCCCUACGGUAACGCCGGCAGAAAAUUCGUUCAUAAAAAAGCUGAAAACCUCAGGAAGAAGUCUCGUGGUAUUUUAUGGCAGCCAAACCGGAACUGCCGAAGAAUUCGCUGGUCGGCUAGCCAAGGAGGGUAUCAGAUACAAAAUGAAAGGCAUGGUGGCUGAUCCCGAAGAAUGUGACAUGGAGGAGUUAAUAAAUCUUAAAACAAUUCCAAAUAGUUUGGCAGUAUUCUGUUUAGCUACGUACGGAGAAGGUGAUCCUACCGAUAAUGCCAUGGAAUUUGUUGACUGGCUGAAAAAUGGCGAUGGUGAUCUGUCUGGACUUAAUUACGCUGUGUUUGGACUUGGGAAUAAAACGUAUGAGCAUUACAAUGAAGUAGCAAUUUAUGUCGACCAUAGAUUAGAGCAAUUAGGUGCCACUCGAGUCUACGAACUUGGCUUAGGAGAUGAUGAUGCUAAUAUAGAAGAUGAUUUCAUUACAUGGAAAGACAAAUUCUGGCCCAUUGUCUGUGACUUUUUCGGGAUUGAAGGUGCAGGCGAAGACGUUAGUAUCCGACAAUACAAACUCACGGAGCAUGUAGACUUGCCAAUAGAACGGAUUUACACCGGUGAAAUAGCUCGUCUUCAUUCGUUUAAAAACCAGAGAUCGCCAUUCGAUGCAAAGAACCCUUACUUGGCACCAGUGAAAGUAAACCAUGAACUUCAUGGUCCAAAGUCGGAGAAAUCCUGCAUGCACAUAGAAUUUGACAUAGAAGGAUCGAAGAUGCGUUACGAAGCUGGUGAUCAUUUAGCCGUGUACCCUGUGAACAAUAAAGAAUUAGUUAACAAAAUUGGAGAAAAAUGUGAUGUAGAUUUGGAUACUGUGUUCACUCUCACAAACACGGAUGAGGAAUCGACGAAGAAGCAUCCAUUCCCCUGUCCCUGUUCAUACAGAACAGCAUUGACGUAUUACUUGGAUAUUACCGGCAACCCGCGUACUCACAUUCUAAAGGAGUUGGCAGAAUAUUGCAGUGAUGCAAAAGACAAGGAAAAAUUGAAGUUAAUGACGUCAACUAGCGCGGAAGGGAAAGCUGCAUACCAACAGUGGGUGGUUCAAGAGAAUAGAAAUAUAGUACACAUUUUAGAAGACAUUCCUAGCUUAAAACCAGCCUUGGAUCAUUUGUGUGAACUCCUGCCGAGAUUGCAGUGCCGGUAUUACUCGAUUUCCUCCUCCCCCAAGUUGCACCCGACCUCGGUUCACAUAACCGCGGUUAUGAUAGAAUACAAAACUCCAACGGGUAGGAUAAACAGAGGCGUGACGACCAGCUGGCUGAAAGAGAAACAUCCGUCGGAUCCGCCAUCUUACGUUCCGAUUUUUGUACGGAAAUCGCAAUUCCGUUUGCCUACUCGAAUGGCCACACCGAUCAUUAUGGUUGGGCCAGGCACUGGUAUAGCACCGUUCAGAGCAUUUAUACAAGAACGUGAUCUUGCUAGGAAAGAAGGCAAGGAAGUGGGUGAAACAAUAUUAUACUUCGGAUGCAGACAGAGAGACCAUGAUUUUCUUUACAAAGAUGAACUCGAGGAGUACGUGAAGAAUGGCACUUUGAUGUUACACACAGCAUUUAGCAGAGAACAACCAGAAAAAGUAUAUGUUACACAUUUAUUGGAGAAAAACAAAGACGAAUUGUGGAGGAUUAUCGGCGAACAAAAUGGGCACAUUUAUGUCUGUGGUGAUGCUAAAAAUAUGGCACGAGACGUGCACAAUAUCUUACUGAAAGUGGUAAUGGAGAAAGGAAAGAUGUCGGAACUAGAUGCAGGGAGUUACAUAAAGAAGAUGGACUCGCAAAAGCGUUAUUCGAGCGACGUUUGGAGUUGAAUGUUAUGUAAUAUAAUUUCCAUAGUUAUUUGUAAAACGAAUAAUCUAUGUAAACUUUUUAACACAUCUUCGCGAGGAAGGUGUACUUUUAUUAACCUCCGUACGGACGUACGGAUAAUUCAUGUAAACAUUGAAAAGAAUAUCAAGAGAUAAUUAUAAACGUUAGCAAAAUCUUUUAAUCUCUAAUUGUAUUUAUUGUUCGUAUAAGUAGCUAACGAAUUGUGUACAAAAAUUUAACUUCUAUUUCGUCGUUUCGAUUAUAUUAACAUUUCUGUAGGAAUCUAUGCAGUGCAAUAACGAGUUUAAACUUUUAAGCGGCCUACUGACACUGAUACUUGACGCAACACAAGUUUCCCCAUUGCUCGAGUCGAAACUAGCAUUGCAACAAGUAUCGGCAUCAGUAGGCCGCUUUACAGUUUAUACGUAUAUAACAUCUGUAUAAUAAAAACGAACAAGAAUUGUAGCAUAAUUAAUAAGGGUGUGCGGGUAACUCGAGUAGGGCUUUCGGAACAGCAGAACUGGACAAACUUUAUUCACAAAUAACCGAAUACAAAUGUUAGACCAAUUCAUAAAUUAACUGUUAUGUAAUCAAUAUUCUCGGACCGGCAAAGUUUGGUUACAAAUGAAUUAAACGUUUCUAUUCGUUAUUUGAGAAGAAAAUUUGCUUUCUCGACUCUGUCGAACAGCGUCGGACAAAUGGCGAUUUUGAGAUUAUCGGGACCAUUCGAGCCUAGGUGUCGGAAUUGCAGAUACCGAUCAAAUUUUCAGUAGUUAUACAUAGUUAAUAUUUCAUUACUAUUAAAGGUAUUGUUUCAACGGUGAAAUAUACUCUAGAGAAAAGAAAAUAGAAUCGUGUAAAAAACAUUUUAAAUAUGCAACAUGGUUUCAGAAAUAUAGAAUAUUAUUAAUUUUAAAAAAAUUGUUGUAAAUUCCAAUUUCAAGGUUUCCGGUUCAGAUUUCGUUAUAACGAUUCUCUUGUUCCCUUUAUUUUUAUAUUUUUCAGUAAAGCGAAAUUUUGUGAAAUUUGAACUCGUCAGAACCUUGAAACACGAAUUUACGGAUCGUUCAUUUUAGAAGCCAUUGCGAUCGUUCGAAGAAACUAUAUAUUUAUAUGUAACGAUUGUAAUGGUGUGAUACAUAACAAUAAAUCGGCAAUGUGAACAGAUUUUGUAAAAGUUAAAUAAAUUACUACACACGCGCUAUAUAUAUAUAUAUAUAUAUAUAUAUAGAACUAUCUCUCUGUUUAUAACAAAUCUCAUUAAAAGCAGUUAGAAAAAUUAAUUUCUAAUGUACUGACCUAGUAAAUU